AUGGCUCUUUCACGUGCUCUUUUCCUCUUUGCUCUUAUUGCUACUAUCUUUUCAACCAUAGCUGUGGCAAAAGAUUUCGUAGUUGGAGAUGAAAGUGGUUGGACACUUGGGGUUGAUUAUCAAGCUUGGGCCGCAAACAAGGUCUUUCGUCUCGGAGACACACUCACAUUCAAGUAUGUUGCUGGUAAGGACAGCGUGGUGAGAGUAAAUGGAAGUGAUUUUCAGAGUUGCUCAGUUCCUUGGGCAGCACCAGUGUUGGGUAGUGGACAUGAUACAGUUGUAUUGACAACAUAUGGAAGAAGAUGGUACAUUUCAGGUUUCGCCAACCACUGCAAAAAUGGACAAAAGCUUGUCAUAACUGUCGUCCCAUCACAACAAUUACCUUGGUCUCCAGUUCCUUCACCUUCAGCCUCACCUGUGCCUGCCCCUGAAGCUGCACCGCCUUCGAAUGCACCAUGGACCGCCACUGUUCCCCGCCGAUCCAUGCUGCCAAAGAAGCUAUUCAAAAUGAUUCACACAAAUCUGAUAGCUGUUUGA